AUGGGGAGCGUAUCUAACAUCACACCGCUACGGGAGCCUAUUGCGGUAGUGGGAAGUUCUUGCCGCUUUCCAGGUGGUGCUAAUUCCCCAUCGAAGCUUUGGGGGCUCCUCAAGAACCCAACAGAUCUAGUGCGAGAAAUCCCGCCCAGUCGGUUCGAUACCGAGGCGUUUUAUAACAAAAACAGCCAGCACCAUGGAAGCACGAAUACAAAGUAUGCCUAUCUUUUACAAGAUGAACCGCGACUCUUCGACCGCGAUUUCUUUAAUAUCAGCCCCAAGGAGGUCGAAGCGAUGGACCCCCAGCAGCGGUGUCUUCUUGAGACUGUUUAUGAAGGCGUGGAAUCGGCAGGAUACUCAAUCCCUCAGCUUCAAGGAUCAUCUACUGGCGUUUUCGUCGGAGCGACGUGCUUCGACUACCAGUUUGUUUCCAUGCGUGGCUUCGACAGCCUACCGCAAUACUACGCAACUGGUGGUUCCAUGGCAAUCCUAGCUAACCGUCUAUCGUACUUUUUUGACUGGAGAGGCCCGUCGGUUGCGUGCGAUACGGCUUGUUCGUCGUCACUCGUGGCCUUGCACCAAGCAGUCCUUUCCCUUCGAAGUGGAGAGAUAAAUAUGGCCGUUGCAGCUGGAGCAAAUCUCAUUCUUGGGCCUGAGCUUUUCAUCGCUUAUUCAAAUUUAAACAUGUUGUCUCCCAACGGGCGAUCUUACAUGUGGGAUUCCUCUGCUGAUGGAUAUACACGAGGAGAGGGGUUCGCCUCUGUUAUUCUCAAAACUCUUAGCCAAGCCAUUGCUGACGGUGAUGACAUCGAGUGUAUCAUCCGCGAAACCGGUGUGAACUCGGAUGGUCGGACGCCAGGUAUUACAAUGCCUAGUGCAGAGUCACAGUCUCAACUUAUUCGAGACACAUACAUGAGGUGCGGGCUGGACCCGGUACGCGAUCGCCCCCAUUACUUUGAGGCCCAUGGCACUGGCACGCCGGCAGGUGAUCCUAUCGAGGCACGGGCUAUACAUGACACUUUUUUCCCUCCAAACAGAGGCCAGAACGAUGGCCAGCUCUUUGUUGGUUCGAUCAAAACCGUUAUUGGCCACACCGAGGGCACUGCAGGCCUGGCUGGAGUGCUCAAAGCGUCAUUGGCAGUUCAAAACGGCCAGAUUCCAGGUAACCUCCAUUUCCAAGAGCUAAAUCCAAAGAUUCGGCCAUUCUAUAAGAACCUCUGCGUUCCGACAGAUUUGACACCCUGGCCCACCCUUGCCUACGGUGAGCCGCGCCGUGUGAGUGUGAAUAGUUUCGGCUUUGGCGGGACUAAUUCCCACGCUAUCAUUGAGAGUUGGGAUGGAGCCUACGACCGCUAUAUGUGCAAGUCGCAUCCAGGUGGACUCAUAGUCCUGUCUGCCAACUCGGCUCAGGCACUGGCAGCAAAAGCUACAGCGCUGGCCGGCUACCUACGGGAGCAUCCUAAUACGGAUCUUGGUCGACUUGCCCGCACUCUGUUUCAGAGGGCUGAAUUCCUCUUCCGGGCUUCCUUUUCCGCUAUAUCUGCUGAACAGCUUGCUGAGAAGCUUGAAGCCCGCGCAGAAGCGCUCAAGAAGACCGUACGAACCCCAGCAAUUCCAAAGGCCCUGCCGCCUCGCAUCCUCGGUGUCUUUACUGGGCAAGGUGCUCAGUGGGCCACCAUGGGCAAGGAGCUCUACGAGUCAUCAUCUGUUUUCCGCAAGACUAUGGACCGGCUGCAGCAGAGCCUCGACGCGCUUCCUGACAGCGAUCGACCUGACUGGACCCUGAUCGACGAACUUUCUGCGCCCAAGGAGACAUCCCGCGUCGGCAUAGCUGUCAUCUCCCAGCCAAUCUGCACUGCCAUCCAGAUCGCUCUAGUGGAUGUCCUCCACGCGGCCGGUGUUGACUUUGCGGCUGUUGUUGGCCACUCAUCUGGAGAAAUCGCAGCUGCCUAUGCCGCAGGGUACCUUGAUGCUCGGGAUGCUAUUCGUGUUGCCUACUAUAGAGGAUUACAUUCCGGCCUGGCGCAGGGAUUAGACGGCAAGCGUGGCAAGAUGAUGGCUGUGGGUAUGGGCUUAGAAGCAGCGUCGGCAUUCUGCAACGAAUAUGGCGCGAAUCUCAGGGUGGCCGCUAGCAACUCCCCGACAAGCUGCACACUGGCUGGAGAUGCCAUUCUUAUUGACGAGGCUAAGGUGCGGUUAGAUCAAGACAAAAUAUUUGCUCGCAUGCUGGCGGUGGACACAGCAUAUCAUUCUCACCACAUGCUGCCAUGUGCCGAGCCUUACCUUGAGUCGCUGCGCAACUGUGGAGUCAAGGCCCUGAAGGGGUCCAAAAAGUGCCAGUGGUAUUCUAGUGUUUGGGGACCGAAUGGCCGCAGUCGCUCCUUCAACAGCGAGCAAAGCAUGGAACUGCUCGAGGGACAGUACUGGGUCGAUAACCUGACCAACACGGUGCAAUUCUCACAGGCAGUGAGCCGAGCCUUGUCUGAGGAAUCCUCCGUCUUAGACCUCGCACUCGAGGUAGGACCACAUCCAGCUCUGAAGGGACCAGCCUCCGAGGUGAUCAAGUCGUUGACUGGCCUGAAUUUCCCGUAUUGUGGUGUCCUUAAUCGCGGACAGGGUGCGGUUGAAGCUUUUUCCGAUAGCUUGGGACUGAUAUGGACGUCCUUCCCGUCAUCACGCCCUCUAAUUACCUUCGACGGUAUGCAACGGGCUUUGCCACUAACUGGCCCUAAGAAGCCCAGCAUUCUCAAGGGCCUGCCAACCUAUCCCUGGGAUCAUGAUAGCCUUGUCUGGCGUGAGUCGAGAGCAUCUCGCCUCUUCCGCAAUGGCCAGCGUCUACACGAGCUGCUCGGCCGUCCGACCACACUGGGCGAGGACGGUAGGCGGGAGGUUCACUGGCGCCAGGUCUUCAAGCUGAGCGAGCUCCCAUGGGUGAAUGGCCAUGUUAUACAGGGCCAGGUCCUUUUCCCGGCAACGGGAUAUGUGACAAUGGCGUACGAGGCUGCCGUGCGCCUCGUCAAUGACCAGCAAACACUGCAGCUAGUCGAGCUACACGAUAUUGAGAUUGUGCGCACCAUGGGCAUGUUGGAAGAUUCUUCGGGCCUGGAAGUUCUCUUCACCAUACGCGUUACGAGCCAGACUGACAGCUGCAUUACCGCCGAAGUGGCCUGCUACAGCGGGGAUAUCGACGGGACCAAGCUGGACGGCCCUGUGAACGGACUCACCGCACAUUUCAGCGGUAGCGUGCGACUUUUGCUGGGCCCUCCUGAGGCCCUGUCCAGCCGGGAUAGGCCUCUGCUUCCCAUGAACACUUUAGAUAUGGACCAAUUUUACUCACAUCUGUCCAAAGUGGGUUACAACUAUUCCGGUGCUUUCAGAGCUACCUCGGUAGAUCGCCACCUCAACCAUGCCGUGGUAUCUGUACCAAACCCUCCUGAAUCCAGUUCAGUCCGUCCAUCUGUGCACCCUGCAGUCCUUGAUACCACCAUUCAAGGCAUACUUGCCGCCUUUUCGUACCCAGAAGAUGGAAGACUUGGGGCGGUAUAUCUUCCCACGGGCAUCGAUUGUGUCCGUAUCAACAUGACAGCCGCCUCUCCAGAUUUACUUAUGGCUGACAGCCGCCUAAUUUCAUCGGCAGAAAAGGGACUGACGGGUGAUGUUGACCUUUUCAACGCAAGCGAUGAGACUGUCCAAGUUCAAAUGCGUGGAGUCCAGUGGACCCCCUUGAACCAGAGCCGGGACCGCCGGCUCUAUGCAAGCGAAACAUGGGUGCGGGAUGCGGCUUACGGAAUUGAGCCCAGCCUCAAGACCAAGUUCUCUCCUGAAGAUGAAGUGUUGCGGAAGCUUCUGGUGCGCACGGCCCAUUUCUACCUGCGAAGGCUUCGCAGUCAAAUCAAGCCUUCCGAGCUGUUAGUCAUGGGCAAACAUCGGCGGCACAUGAUGAAGUGGGUCAGGGACCACCUAUUUCCCCAAAUUGAAGCAGGCAAGGUUCCCGAUAUUGAGGCAGAGUGGGCGAACGACACACUGGAAGAUGUGCAGGAAUGGUGCGCUCCCUAUAUUGCAGCGGGAAACAACGAUAUGCUCAUACUGCAUGCCGUGGGGAAAAACUUGGCAGCCAUUGCUCGUGGAAUUAUGCCUGCCCUUCAGGUUCUUUUGAAGGACGACAUGCUCGACCGCUUGUAUGUGGAAGGAGUUGGCUUUGCCGACGGCAACCUUGAUUUAGGGCCCUUAGUCAAGCAACUCGCGCAUCAAUACCCGCGUAUGAAGGUGCUCGAGGUUGGAGCUGGAACGGGCGGUACCACUCAAGCUGUGCUUUCGGCUGUGGGUGAUCAAUAUGCAUCUUACAUGUAUACUGACAUCUCAGCCGGCUUCUUUGAACCUGCAAAGGCAAAGUUCAGCCAGCAUACCGCCAAAAUGUCGUUCAAGCUGCUGAAUAUUGAGAAAGAUCCAUUGGACCAAGGAUUCGAGGAGGGGGCGCAUGACAUGGUUAUAGCCUCCAACGCUCUGCACGCGACACGAAGCUUAAAAGAAACGGUCAGCAACUGUCGUCGCCUGCUUCGACCAGGCGGUUAUUUGGUGUUGCUAGAGAUCACAACUAAUCAUCUUCCUAUACAACUAAUCAUGGGCACGCUUCCUGGGUGGUUCCUGGGCAUUGACGAAGGCCGCGUCUGGGCACCCACACUCAGUCUCGAUGAAUGGGACAAUUUGCUUAAAGAAACGGGAUUUUCAGGCGUCGACACAAGCUCAACGCCUUCCUUCUGUUCCGUUAUCAUAUCCCAGGCAACAGACGAGACCUUCCAGGAGCUUCGGGAGCCGCUUUCUGUUGCCUCACGUCCCGCAGGCCGGCCACUCGACAGUGUUUUGGUCGUCAGCGACGUGACGUCGGAACUUGCAUCCAAAUCGCAGGGCCUCCUUGCUUCAAUCGAGGGUGUUCUGCAGUGUGAUAUUGAAGGCCUGGAGGAUAUCAAUUGUCCCAUCGGAGCAGUCGUGCUCUGCCUUUGCGACCUGGAUAGUCCUGUCUUCAGUGAAAUGACUGUGGCCAGAUUCGAAGCUAUGCAGACUCUCUUCCGUAACGCCAGUGCUGUUUUGUGGGUAACCUCAGGGGCGGCCUCGGGCAAGAAUCCACUGGCCAAUGUGACGGUGGGGUUGGGGCGCACGCUGCUGGCUGAACGUAGUGAUUUGCGGCUUCAAUUCCUCGACGUCGACGACCCAACAUCGCUUGAACCAUCUCUGCUGGCUACCCUUCUUCUCAGACUCACUGGAAUGAAUCAGCCUAAUCCAAGCGAAAUCCUCUGGACUCACGAACCCCAUCUCGCACUUAGAGAUGGCGCCCUCUAUAUUCCCAGGGUUCUGCCUCUAGAUAGGAUCAAUCGUCAGUCCACAACGAAGAAUGGCCAAGUCACCCAGUUGACCGAUCUUGCGCCUCCGGAUACAGCUACGGCGGUGGCGGAACAACACACUGCCGAUAAAAUACCUGCUGAGACUAGCCCUGUCAAGCAGAAGGGCAUGUUCGCCGCCGACAAGACGUACAUUCUUUUCGGCAUGACGGGAGACCUUGGGAUCUCCAUUGCUAUAUGGAUGGUAGAUAACGGGGCUCGAAACGUCGUGUUGACCAGCCGGCAUCCCGAUGUUCCGGCCGGAGUGUUCGAACUCAUGUCGAAAAAUGGAGCCGUGUUGCGCGUUGUGCCAGUGGACAUUACGAACAAGGAAGGCCUAAGAGCAGCAUAUACCGAGAUCAAGUCCAGUAUGCCGCCAAUUGGAGGUAUUAUCAACGGUGCCAUGGUGCUUCGGGACCGCGCCUUCCUCGAGACGUCUUGGGAUGACUUCGAGGCGGUGCUAGCGCCGAAGGUUGCCGGAACUCGCAAUCUUGACGAGCUCUUUGGUGAAGAUGAGGCGUUGGACUUCUUCAUAGGACUUUCUUCUGCAACAUCAAUUGUUGGAAACAUCGGCCAGUCCGCGUAUAGUGCGGCAAACCAUUAUAUGGCAAGUCUCGUGCGACGUCGGCGGGGACGUGGACUGGCGGGCUCCGUUGUCGUCAUUGGGCUCCUCACCGGACUGGGCUACAUUUACCGUUCAGACAAGAAGCGGAAUGCUGCUAUUGAGAAGUCUCUCCUACCACAGUUAGAUAGACAAGGCGAGACAGAUUUGCACGAUAUGCUAGCCAAAGGCAUUGAGUGCGGACGCCCUGACUCAGACCUGCCAUCCGAGCUCAUCACUGGUAUAAGGAAGGUGUUUACCGAGGCGUGGCACGAAGACCCUCGGUUGUCAUGCUAUCUUCUGCAGGAAGGCGCGCAAGAAGAGGACACCAGUCAGAAACAACCUGAUGGGAACAUUAAGGUUGAGGCUCAGCUGGCGACAACCGAGGAUCCAAAGGAAGGUCUAGCAAUCUUGGUAAAGUGCUUUUCGCAGUCCCUCGGCAGCAUGCUCCAGCUUGACCCCGCCCAGAUAGACGUUGACAUGCCCGUGGCCGAUCAUGGAGUUGACUCGCUCGUUUCGGUUCGCAUUCGCGACUGGUUCCUGAAAGAGCUGGGUGUUGACGUGCCUGUGUUGAAGCUUAUGUCAACCAACCACACUCUAUCACGAGUAUGCGAAGACGCACUAGUAGGAUGGCGAAAUCUUCGUACAGGGUCCCAGGCAGAGUCGCAGACAGCUACUAAGACUCAUGACGAUCCAGAAAUGGAUUGGAAGAAGGAAGUGGCUGGGCUCAUCGACGGGAUACCUUCUCUCAUUCCGGCAGGUGCAGACUUGGUCAAGGACGAUCCUCGGAGCAGCGGACGACGUGUGGUCCUCACGGGAUGCACAGGGUUCCUGGGUACGCACAUGCUACGCAACCUCGUGGCAGACAGCAACAUUGCAGAGGUGCACUGUCUUUGCCUCCGCUCACGUCCUCUGCGCGUCAAGGACGCAAAGAUCCGCGAGUACAAAGGCGACCUGGUCAAGCCGAUGCUGGGCCUCUCCACUGAUGACUUCAAGCGCCUCUGCCAAACAGCAGACCUGAUCAUCCAUGUGGGGGCGGAUGUCGCCCAUCUCAAGUCGUAUGAAAUGAUGCGGGCUGCUAAUGUCGUCUCAACACAAUAUCUACUAGCUAUGGCUACGCCACGCAGCGUCCCCGUACACUUUGUCUCGUCGUCCUCGGUGGCCAUGCUUCAAAAGGAUACCAACGAGCUAGCUGAGGUGCUGCCAUCCAGCUUUUGGCCGCCAGCUGAUGCCGAUUCGCUGCUGAAAAACGCCAUCGGUUAUGCUGCCAGUAAAUGGAUGGGCGAGAUACUGUUGGAGAAAGCGGAGGGACUUCCGGCCGUUGUGCACCGCUUCCCCAACAUCAUGGGGCCUGAUGCGCCCGAAGAGAUUCCCUUGGUGGCCCUAGACAAAUACUGCACCAAGAUGCGGGCCGUACCGGCGCUUGACCCUAAGCAAUGGCAGGGAGAGCUUGACAUCAUCGAUGUCAGCGACGUGGUGCCCGAAUUUCUGGCCAAGGCAUAUGCUCAUGACCCCUGCGAACCGUUUGCCGUGCACAAUUACUGCAGCGAAAACAGAUAUGUGCUAUCAGAUCUCGCGAGCAUGUACAACGACAGGCUCGGUACCAAGGUCAACGUCCUACCAGUACGCGAUUGGAUGCAGAAGGCCAAGGCUUUGGGCAUGCCGCCGGGUGUGGAGGCCACCUGGACUGGCAAUGAAGUAUUUGUGUCGCCUGUGUUGCGUAAGGGGGGCAAGUCAUAG